GAGGAAGUAAGUUUGUAUGGUUCCCAUGCCUGUAGAGCUUGUUCUACCACGUUGGUGUUGUGGUGAUGGCUACUGCACAGGAUGUUGAUGAGGAAGUGCAUAAGGUGAAAAGUGAAGAUGAGGAGGAUAAUGACCCAGACUCUGAUGAUGAGGGGAGUGAGAAAGAGGAUGCUGAGGAGAAAGAACCUAAGGAGCCAAAAGUCCGUGACACACCAGAGGAUAUUCAUUUUGAUGCCAUCGUAAACACUCUAGCAUUUCAUCCUAAAGAGGAUAUCAUUGCAGCUGGCGAUAUUGAUGGCGACAUAUAUUUAUAUUCCUACUCAUGCACUGAAGGAGAGACAAAAGAACUGUGGUCAUCAGGUCAUCACCUGAAGUCCUGCAGGAAGGUGGCAUUCUCCGAAGAUGGCCGUAGCUUGUUCAGUGUUGCUAAAGACAAAUCGGUGCACAUCAUGGAUGUGGAAGCAGGCAAGCUGAUCAAACGUAUUACCAAAGCUCACAGUGUUCCCAUCAAUGCCCUGUUGUUGGUGGACGAAAACGUGCUGGCCACGGGCGAUGACGGGGGCACCCUGAAGGUCUGGGACAUGAGAAAGGGCACGGCCAUCAUGGACUUGAAGCACCAUGAGGACUUCAUCAGUGAGAUUGCCAUAGACAGCGCCAAGAAAAUCCUGCUUACCUCAAGUGGGGAUGGUACCAUGGGUGUCUUCAACAUAAAGCGUCGGCGGUUUGAUCUGGUAUCUGAGUACCAGAGUGGAGAUCUGACCUCGGUGUCCAUUGUGAAACGUGGUAGGAAGGUGAUCUGCGGCUCCAGCGACGGCACUAUCUUCAUAUUUAACUGGGACGGUUUUGGGGCGACCAGUGACCGAUUCUUUGUGCAGGCAGAAUCUCUGGACUGCAUUGUGCCGAUCACAGACAGCCUGGUGUGUGCCGCCUCCAUGGACGGAGUUAUCCGAGCCAUCAACAUUCUGCCCAACCGGGUGGUUGGCAGCGUGGGUCAGCACAAGGGGGAGCCCAUAGAGGAGAUCGCCCGUUCCCACGACACACGUUUCCUGGCCAGCAGCGCCCAUGACCAGCUGGUCAAGUUCUGGGACAUCUCCAAGCUCCCCGAACUCUCCGUCAGCGACUACCGCAAGAGGAAGAAGAAGCACGGCAAGCUGACAUCGCUCAGCAAGAAAGCUGUUGGCAAUGGAGACAACUUCUUCUCAGGGCUAAUGGAUGAGCCGGACACUCAGAACAAAAAGGACAAUACGAAAAAGGAAGAUGACGAUGAUGAUGACGACGAGGACACUGACAGUGAUAGUGGCAGUGACUGAAAAACUCUGAACUGUUUAAGAAUGUCACUGUUGAACAUAUGUCUUUUAUUGUUUAUUUUGUUUUGGUUUAUUUGUACAUUUUCGCUAUAACUGUUGUCUACUAAAUCUAAACCAUGCCACCUAUAUUGCAACACUGAUUCCACUGAAAGGAUAUCGGAGAAGUUAUAUGAACCAAAACAUUUUAUAUAGAAAGACUGGCAUAUUGAUUGAGGUCAGCCUAGAAUCAAGAGUCAUGUGAAGGUGUGUGGCGUCAGUAUCCUAUAUGCCUGUUUUUUUAAUGUUAA